CUAAUACGGGUGGAGAACGUGCUAGUGUGAAACCCACAGGAGUCGGUUCAGGUUGGUGAAGAUGGCGAGUGGCGCGGGGUCUAUAGCGUCUCUGUGGACUGAAGUCAACCGCUGCGGACAAAAUGGCGACUUCACAAGAGCCCUCAAGGCCGUCAACAAGAUUCUUCACGAGAAUAAGGAUGACGUGACGGCACUGCGAUGUAAAAUCGCGUGUCUCAUCCAGACCGGUGGAUUCAAGGAGGCUCUCAACGUGAUCAACACCCACACUAAGUCACUUACAAUCGACAUUAUCGGGUUUGAGAAAGCGUACUGUGAGUAUCGGCUGAACCGUGUGGAAAGUGCACUGAAGACCAUCGAGGGGAUCUCUGACCAGACCGACAAACUCAAAGAGCUUUAUGGCCAAGUGCUGUACAGGCUGGAGCGGUACACUGAUUGUGAAGUGGUCUAUAAAGAUCUGAUCAGAAACUCCCAAGAUGAAUACGAGGAGGAGAGAAAGACAAACCUCGCCGCAGUGCAGGCUGCCCGGAGCACCUGGGAAAAAGCAACACCUGAGGACUUGGGGCUACCCGAGAGCACGUAUGAGCUUUGCUACAACGCAGCCUGCAGUCUGAUUGGCAGAGGCCGUCUCUCUCAGGCCAUGAAAAAACUCAGAGAAGCUGAAGAGCUCUGUAGGAUAUCUCUCACAGAAGACUCAGACAUGACAGAGGAGGAUAUAGACGCUGAGCUGGCAGUGAUCCACUCUCAGAUGGCUUAUGUCAUGCAGCUCCAAGGCAGGACAGAGGACGCAUUGCAGCUGUACAACCAAGUCAUCAAACUGAAGCCAUCUGACGUGGGUCUGCUAGCAGUCACUGCAAAUAACAUCAUCACCAUCAACAAGGACCAAAACGUGUUUGACUCCAAGAAGAAGGUGAAGCUGAUGAGUGCAGAUGGCGUGGAAUACAAACUGACUAAGAAGCAGCUGCAAGCAAUUGAGUUUAACAAAGCGCUGCUAGCAAUGUAUACCAACCAGGCUGAUCAGUGCAGAAAGUUGUUGGCAAAUCUGCAGUCACAGAACCCUGGACACCCGCAGCCAGUUCUCAUCCAUGUGGCUCAGCUGUGUCGGGAGAAGCAACACGGCAAGGCCAUGGAGCUGCUGCAGAAAUUUUCAGAGAAGCAUCCAGAAAGCGCAUCUGGAAUCAAACUGACCAUGGCACAACUCUAUCUAACGCAAGGUCAUGUGACUAAAGCUUGUGAUAUUCUGAGGACGAUAGAGGAUUUUAAGCACAAACAAGGAAUGGUUUCUGCCCUGGUCACAAUGUACACGCAUGAGGAGGACAUUGACAGCGCGAUUGAUGUCUUCACCCAAGCCAUUCAGUAUUAUCAAUCAGAACAGCCUGGCUCUUUGGUGCACCUCUCCCUUGUCCGUGAGGCAGCAAAUUUUAAGCUCCGUUACGGAAGGAAGAAGGAUUGCAUCAGUGACUUGGAGCAGCUGUGGAAACAAAACCCUAAAGAUGUGCACACUUUGGCACAGCUCAUCUCUGCAUACUCGCUGGUGGAUCAGGACAAGGCCAAAGCACUCAGUAAGCAUCUGCCCUCUCCUGACACCAUGUCCUUUAACAUCGACGUCGAGGAGCUAGAGAACUCUCACGGAGCCACGAAUGUCAGAAAGAAAGCGGCCAAAGUUGUCGGGGAAAACCCACCCAAAGAACAGGGCCAAGUGGACCUUAAAAAGAAGAGGAAAAAAAAGAAAGGUAAACUACCAAAGAACUAUGACCCUACAUCAACCCCUGACCCUGAGCGGUGGCUGCCAAUGCGAGAACGAUCGUACUACCGUGGCAGGAAGAAGGGCAAGAAGAAGGAACAGGUGGGAAGAGGAACUCAGGGAGCGACAUCGGGAGCUGCAACUGAACUGGAUGCCAGCAAAACAGCGAGCAGCCCGCCUACGUCCCCUCGCCCCGGCUCUGGCACCGGCGCCGCCCCCAACAUUGUGCCGCCACGGCAACAGAAACCUGCUGCUCCGGGUGCAACACGCAAAAAAGCCCCACAGAAGAAAAAGAAGGGAGGAAAAAGUGGAUGGUAGACAAAAGAUCAAAGUCUUGAUUCGGUCCCCAGCUCCUUCCUUAUAUGUCCAUUUUUUGAGGAUUCAAAACACUGGUUGAGGGGAGAUAGAACUCGCAAAAUGUCCCAGGAGAGAUCAGGGAUUGAUUUGGAAUUAGACAGAUGGAGAUGUGUAGAAACAGAAAUCUGACCCAGGGAAUUUUUAACCAUUACAUUAUCCAUUAUUUUCACUGACAGUGUUAAGAUAAACCACCUUUUUAAAAUAAAUAAUUAAGUGAAUGGUCCAGUGAUCUACACUUUCGGUUUUAUUUUCUGUAACAGGAAUAUAUUUCAUAUGUUAUGUUAUUUAUUCUCUGUUCCAUGAUCGUGUUUUCUUUUUCGUUUUUGUCACCCAUUAAAGAAACAAAAACUGCCUGACCAUGAAUUACUUGGUUCAUAUUUCAUCACUGUUUCAUUUUAUAGACUUGCCUGAUAACUCUGUAUGCAGAGACAGUAACUUUGUGUCACACAACAAAAAAGAGGCUGUUUAUGCAAAUUCAAAUAUAUUUAUUUUUCAAACUCCUGGAUAAAUAUCACUUGUAAUUAUUAUUUCAAGAAAGGUUUGUCCUUCAGCCGUUUUUCUGUUGUACGGGAGGCUGAAAGUGUACAUCUAAGAAGAAGAGCAGCUCCCAUGUAAAGUCUUAAUAAAAAUUUCCUUGAGAACAGAAAA